UAAAAUGAAAUAAAACUGAGGUGCAAAAAAAUUUUAUUUAACUAUACAGCAUUUAGGUAGUGCAAAAUAUCCAAAUUAAUAAAUUAGUUAAAUAUUUGAUGACAUGCUGGCACUAUGUUUAAUAUUAUUUUUAUAGACUAAAGUAUAAAGCAAGUUUUAUAUUGAUGUUGACUUUUUACUGUGAGAAAUACAUUUCUGAUACAAUUGUUCUAGUGGUUCGUUGAACAAGGUAGGGAGGGUCUUUUCAAUUUAUUAUACAUUUGUAUAUUUCAUUAUAGUAUGAUAAUCAUUUAUUCACAUUUCUACAAGCAUUUAAUGUUAUGAUGCGACUCAUAUCGCAGCAGAAAAUAAUUUGCAUAUAUAAGCUGUGUAUUUAUUUGCGACAUCACAUGUACAAAGCGGUUAAAGCUAAAGUGAAAAACAUCGAAAAAUUGCAAUAUACUCCGAUUAAUUGCCGAACCUAACCUCAAACUUGAUCUUUUAAGACUGAAAGGAAAUGUCAUUUAUGUCAGUAUAAACUAGCUAUAUUACGGAUUCUUUAAAUCUUCUUAAUCUUUUAUAUAACUUACGUUGUUGCUGCGUGUUAAAAGAGGGAUGCCACGCAGCAAGCGUAGAGCGCCCUCUAGCACAAAUCAUCAUACGACUAUUGAAAUGUCACCUAGUGCCCAUGAGGAGGGUAUAUCAAGGCACCCAUCAAAAAGACUUAGACAUACAUCUAGUGCAAGACGUUAUACAAAAACAGAAGAUGUUUCUACCACUUCAUCUUUUUCUCAAAAACGUUGUAUCACAUGGUUUAGGGAGUAUACAACACCUGAUGAUUCAGAUACUCUUGGACCUGAAGGAAUGGAAAAAUUUUGUGAGGACAUAGGUGUAGAACCUGAAAAUGUAGUAAUGCUUGUUCUUGCAUAUAAAAUGAAUGCCCGACAAAUGGGUUUCUUCACACUCAGUGAAUGGUUAAAAGGCCUUUCAGACUUGCAGUGUGAUUCUAUUAGUAAAAUACAACAAAAACUUGAGUACCUAAGGAAUCAAUUAAAUGAUCCACAUACAUUUAAGGGAAUUUACAGAUAUGCUUAUGAUUUUGCUAGAGACAAAGAUCAAAGAAGUAUGGAUAUGGAAACAGCAAGAGUUAUGUUACAAUUACUUUUGGGAAAACAUUGGCCAUUAUUCACCCAAUUUGCUCAGUUCCUAGAUCAAUCGAAGUACAAAGUGAUUAAUAAAGAUCAGUGGUGCAACAUUUUAGAAUUUUCUCGUACAAUUAAUCACGAUUUAUCUAAUUAUGAUUUAGAUGGAGCAUGGCCAGUAAUGCUUGAUGAAUUUGUUGAAUGGUUAAAAAUACAGCGAGGUGAAGAAGCAUCUUCAACAGAAACUAGAGGCAGCUGAAACAUUCAAUAAUAAUAGUCUACUAAAAUAAAAAAACACUCAUUUGUCUUGUCAUAUUUUGUUAAUAAGAAAAUUUCUGUUUCUAUCAUAACCUCGCAACAUUUCAGUUAUCAUCAUUCGUACUAUGUUUUUAUUAAUCAAUAA